CAUUAUCUUUGGUCCCUUUCUCUUCCCUCUCAAAGUCUCCUCCAUUUCAAUCCCAAAUCAAAACCACUCAACUCGACCGUUGCACCCUCACUCCACUUUUCAAACCUUCCAUCACCAAUGCCUCCUCUCGGCAAGCGGUCUCGAUCAGAGAUCCAAAACCUUCCACCUCUCAUGCCAAUGGAUGAUCAUCAAUCCAAAAUCUCCCAAUACGAACUCUCCAGAGAAGAAAGAAUCCGCGAAAAUCGCGAAAGAAUGGGAAAAUUGGGGAUUUUCGAUAUUUCACUCUCCCUCAAGCUCAAAUCAACCCCACCUUCUCGCCGAACUUCAUCUAACCCUAAAUCGCCUAUUGCUCGUAGCCCAUCUGGCCCCUCUCGCCGUUCUUCCAGGUUGCAGAAUGUUGCUCCUAUUAGUUACUCAGAAGCGCCACUAAUGAGAGAAGUGGGUGAGAGAAAAACUAGGGUUGUGAUAGAAGAAGGUUCUAAGCCUGAGGUUUAUACUGAAGAACAUGAGAAGCUUUUGGGGAAUACUGAGAGAACUUGGGAGCUUUUUGUGGAUGGUGUUGGAAAAGAUGGGAGGAGGAUCUAUGAUUCUGUUCAAGGCAAAACUUGUCAUCAGUGCAGGCAAAAAACUCUUGGUCGUCGGACACGCUGUUGCGAAUGCAACAUGGUCCAGGGGCAGUUUUGUGGAGAUUGCUUGUACAUGAGAUAUGGGGAGCAUGUACUAGAAGCCCUGGCAGAUCCGACUUGGAAGUGCCCGCCUUGUCGUGGAAUUUGCAACUGUAGCUUAUGCCGAACCGCUAGAGGAUGGGCACCUACUGGGAAUCUAUAUAGAAAGGUAGUGCAUUUGGGUUACAAAUCAGUUGCACACUACCUCAUUCAAACCCGGCGGGCCGAAGCUGUUGUUGAGAAAAAUGAUGAUACUUCCAGUCCAGUUUCAGAUACAGAUGUUAAGAAAAAUGACGAUGAUGUUUCCAACACAGUUUCAGCUAAACGGUCACUACCUUUCUCUGAUGCAGACAACAAUGAGAAUAAGCUUGGACCAAUGCAGUCUCCAACUGAAACUGAUAGCGACGAGGUUGCCGCCGCAAAGAGAUUGUUGAUUUUCCCUGAUGAGCAAGUUCAGCUUGAAAAAGUCGAGGGUGGUUUGGAUACCCCUGAUGAGCAAGUUCAGCUUGAAAAAGUUGAGGGUGGUUCGGAUACCCCUGAUGAGCAAGUUCAGCUUGAAAAAGUCGAGGGUGGUUCGGAUACCGUGAAGCUAAUUGCUUCUGCGAGCAAACCAAGCCCAGACAGUAUUGCUGGAAGACUUAGGUCUAGGACAAAAAAGCCAUGAUGAGGAUAAUUUCCUUAAUCUAACUCAGGGUAUGUUGAAGAGAGCAUUCAACAUUGCAUUUUGAAAUUAUCAAAGUUGAUAAUUUGGUAAGAAAACCUGUUUUGGCAUUAGUAAUAGUUGUAUCAGUAUGUGAAACACGUUAAGAAUCACAGUUAAUUUUAAUUAAAGGGUGUAGUAUUUAUGUGCAUUCUCUUAGAAAAAAAUUAGUACAUUUUGAAUA